AUGCAUGGCCUGGCUGCUCAUGCGCUACAGCAGAGUGUAGAAAACAUUUGCCAAUUCUUGUUCGAGACAAAGGCCCCCGUUGUGCCUGAGAUACCCCGUUGUCAUAGUCUCUUCUCUUUCCCCACUCAGGCCAUCGAUGAUGACUGUAACCAGACGGGGCAGAUGACAGCCGGCUUUCUGGACUGGCCACAGGGCACCUUCGCCUCCCAGGUGACACUGGAAGGGGACAAGGUGAAAGUGGAGCGGGAGAUUGAUGGGGGCCUGGAGACCCUGCGCCUGAAGCUGCCUGCGGUGGUGACUGCCGAUCUGCGGCUCAAUGAGCCCCGAUAUGCCACAUUGCCCAACAUCAUGAAAGCCAAAAAGAAGAAGAUCGAGGUGCUCAAGGCCGGGGACCUGGGUGUGGACCUGACCUCCAAGCUCUCCGUGGUUAGUGUGGAGGACCCGCCCCAGCGCACGGCCGGCGUCAAGGUGGAGACCACGGAGGACCUGGUAGCCAAGCUGAAGGAGAUUGGGCGGAUUUGAGCCCCUUCCGUGAAACUCGGCAAUAAAACUAUGACUCCCAA